GUUGGUAACCCUUACAAAGUGUCAUGGUGGCGAAUAACAAGCAAGUACUCUUUUGGAAGUGUUGUUAUUUUGAGUUUAAAAUGUAAAUACAAAGUGCGAUUCAGUGAGUGUUGUGCCCGCAUAAAAUAAAUCAAUUCUAUUACCGGAAUCACCAAGGACAACCACCUUUACUUUCUCAAUUGCUGCCAUUACAGCGACGGCCGUACCUCCAACCCCGUCCCCUGAUUGGCCGCAGCGAUGACGGAGGAGCGCCUGGUGACCGAGGUGCCGAGCAGCCUCAAGCAGCUGGCGCGGCUCGUGGUCCGCGGCUUCUACAGCAUCGAGGAUGCUCUUAUUGUGGACAUGCUGGUGCGGAAUCCCUGUAUGAAAGAAGACGACAUCUGUGAACUUUUAAAAUUUGAACGCAAAAUGUUGAGAGCGCGGAUAGCCACACUAAAAAACGACAAAUUCAUCCAAGUCAGACUGAAAAUGGAAACAGGACCGGACGGCAAAGCUCAGAAAGUGAACUACUACUUCAUAAACUACAAGACGUUCGUGAACGUGGUCAAGUACAAGCUGGAUCUGAUGCGCAAGCGCAUGGAGACCGAGGAGAGGGACGCCACUAGUCGGGCUAGCUUCAAGUGUCCAGCUUGUCUCAAGACAUUUACGGAUUUAGAGGCUGACCAGCUAUACGACAUGAUGACGCAAGAGUUCCGGUGUACAUUCUGCAACGCGGUGGUCGAGGAGGACCAAUCAGCGCUGCCCAAGAAGGACUCUCGACUGCUAAUGGCCAAGUUCAACGAACAGUUAGAACCCUUGUACAUUCUCUUACGAGAAGUCGAGGGCAUUAAAUUAGCGCCUGAGAUUCUGGAGCCGGAACCUGUCGAUAUUAAUACUAUUCGAGGUCUAACCUCAAAAACCAUGGCCGCGCGGCCCCCAGGCAUGGAGUGGUCGGGCGAAGCGACCCGCAGCCAGGGCCUGGCCGUAGAGGAGACUCGAGUGGACAUCUCUAUAGGAGAGGAGGACGCCGGCGCCGACGCCAGCAAGCUGAGGAAGGAACGGCCCGUGUGGAUGGUGGAGAGCACCAUUGUUGGGGCUGAACAGGGCGACAGCGUCCAUUCCUCAGACGCAGCGCUCGAAAAGGCGGCCAGCAACGCCAGCAACGCGAAGGGAAGCGGGAAGGAGAAGAACGACGACAUCAUGUCCGUCCUGCUCGCACACGAGAAGCAGAAUACUGGCAACCCCACUUCGAACGCGGUGAAGGGCAUCGAGCCCGAGAGCUCGGACUCCAGCGGGGACGAGUCCAAGGACCCCUUCAAACUGAAGGACGAGCUCGCCGCCGUCGCUGAAAUGGAGAGCGAAGACUCGGACUCCGACACAAACGUUCCCAACGUGAUGGUGAACGGGAAGCCUCUUCCACUGACCGACGUGGACGAUGACGUCAUCGCCAAAAUGACGCCAACAGAAAAGGAGACGUAUAUACAAGUGUACCAGGAGUACUACAGCCAUAUGUACGACUGAGAGAAGUGCUGUUGUGAGUAUAUUGUUUAGAGAUUACUAAUAAAUCGUACAAUUUUU